AGAGACUGAGUGCUGUAUCUACAGUGUCUGAUUGCAACUUUGUACCAGAAGACCUAAACUGGAAGAAUGCCUCCCCCCGGAGUGUGUCUGAAUAUUAUGAAAGAGCGCUACAGGAAAGAUGGACUGGGCACCCCAGAAAAUCCAGAGAAAUUUUACCAGCAGGAUUUCGAGUACCUGCGUCAGUAUUUCAUUAUCAGAGGGAGGACAUUCGUCGAUGAGAUGUUCCCACCGGACAGAAACUCAAUUGGUCCUGGCAUUCUAUCCCCAGAAGAAAUGGAGCGAGUGGAAUGGAUAAGACCCACGAAAUUAGUGCAAGAUCCUUAUUUAAUUGUUGAUGGUGUUUCAAGGUUUGACUUCGCUCAAGGAGCAGUGGGUAACUGCUGGUUCUUAGCAUCCAUUGGUGCAUUGACCUUUCAAGAGCACAUUCUGAAACUAGUAGUACCACUUGACCAAGGAUUUCAGGAAGACUAUGCUGGAAUAUUUCACUUUAAGUUCUGGAGGUUUGGAAAGUGGUAUGAUGUUGUGAUUGACGACAAGCUGCCAACAAUUGAUGGGAGAUUCAUUUUCGUUCACUCCAAAACCAACAAUGAGUUCUGGCCCGCACUGCUGGAGAAGGCCUAUGCCAAGGUGUGUGGCUCUUAUGCAGACAUGAAUGCUGGGAAUGUGUCAGAGGCUCUGAUGGACUUCACAGGGGGAGUCCACAUGACGUUUAAGCUAAAAGAGGCACCACCAGACUUGUGGGAGCUUAUGGCCCGUGCAUAUAGAUCCAAGGCUUUAAUGGGCUGUGGCACACCUCAAGGGCAAACAGCAGCCAACACAGUGCUGCCCAAUGGAAUUGUGGAGGGCCAUGCAUAUGCUGUAACUGCAGUGUAUCAGGUAACGAGUCAGGGCCGAGUGGUGAAACUAGUCCGUCUGUGGAACCCAUGGGGGCGCGGAGAGUGGAAUGGAGACUGGAGUGAUAAAUCUCCAUGGUGGCAGACAGUGAGCGUGGAAGACAGAACAAAUCUUCUGAAAAUUGAAAAUGAUGGAGAAUUCUGGAUGUCCAUGGAGGAUUACUGUCAGAAUUACGAGAGCAUGGAUAUCUGCUGUCUGUGCCCUGACUUCCUGGAUGGCUCCUCAUCCUGCCACUGGGCUUCCUCGUUCCAUGAGGGCCGCUGGGUGGCCGGGACCACUGCGGGUGGCUGCAUGAACUACAGAGACUCCUUCUGGACAAAUCCUCAGUAUCGAAUCAAUCUGCACAAAAUGUCAGAGGAGUGUGCUGAGACGCAGGGACCCAACAACAUGCUGGUUACUCUCAUGCAGAAACCUGACAAAAGAAACCGCCGGCUGGUGUCUAAUCUCCACAUCGGUUUCUCCGUUUUUGAGGUGCCACCACAGUUUCAGAACCAGAGAGGCAAGUUCCCUGCCUCUUUCUUCUACAGCAACCCCCCUGUGGCACAAACCAAAACUUACCUGAACUGCCGAGAAGUGAUGGAGUUCUUCCGCCUCAAACCGGGGGAGUAUCUCAUUGUGCCAUCAACGUACAAACCCAACGAGACAGCUUCCUUCCUCUUAACCAUCCUUGGCAAGAAUGAGACACACAUUGAAGAGAGCUCUUCUGUACAUCAUGUGGAGAUAACUAAGCCCACUAUCACAGACAACUACGAUGGGGAAAAGAAAGAAAAAUUGUUCCGCCAAUACUCAGAUCAGUAUGAGGAGGUCGAUGCUGAACAGCUGCAGAGACUUCUGAAUGAGAACGUUCUCGAAGGAAGCUCCCCGGAGACAGGAUUUAGCCUGGAUGCCUGCAGGAGUAUUGUGGCAAUGAUGGAUCUUUCAGUCACAGGCAGACUGAAUGGCCCCGAAUUCAUCCGAUUGUGGAAGCGAGUUGUAACUUACAAGACAAUCUUCCUCCAGACAGAUGUUUCCCAAACAGGAACACUGUCAUUAAGUGAGCUGCGUAAUGCAGUGGAAGCAUCAGGUAUCAAGGUAAGCGAUGAUAUUCUGAACAUCUUAGCACUGCGAUAUGGAAGAUCCUCGGGUCACAUCACUCUGGAGAGUUUCAUCUGCCUCAUUCUGCGACUGGAUUGCAUGGCCAAAACUUUUAAACAGAUGUCUGACGGCAAGGGAAUUUAUCUUCGAGAGAAUGAGUGGCUGUAUCUGACUAUGUACUCAUGAGCCUCAGCACCAUGUGCCCAGCUAUAGCUACGGAUGGAACACAGAAUAUAUGAUUGUCCAAACAAUUCAUCAUGACAUGAGUGCCAAAGAUGUCAGUGACAAAUUAAUCCUCAGCAACAAGCAAAACAAGCUGCAUCUGCAUUGUUGAAACAGAUAAACCACACAACUGUCUUAUGAUUUCACAUUUGGAAUAAACCCACAGAGGUUUCAGGCCUUCACAACCUGCACCAGAUCAUUAU